AUGGAGUAUAAAGACGACGAGACGGAUAAGCUCCUACAACCGUCGAACGAGACUAAAAACGACCCAGAUGCUGCAGAAAAGAACAGCCCAGUGCAAAGAGCUUUACCGACCCAUCCGUUCAAGAAAUGGAUGGACAGUUUUCGAACUCGAAAGCGCGUGCCACCGACGAUUUCUGAACGAUAUGUUGAGGGUUGGUCGGACUCUUCGGCUACUGACUUCCCAAUACUGAGCACAGUUCCCCGUCGUGGUUCAAUCCAAGAUCAAUUCUGGGAGAGAUCCUCUGGGCGUUCUUCGCAACUGGGAACGGUCAAGACGGCCGCCAUGAGUAUUGCGAGUCAAAGCAUGGCCAGGUCGCGAGGAACUACGCAAAGCGCAACUACUCAAAGUGCUGUUUCAGAGAUGCGAAUUUCAGCCGAAGGAUCUCACCCAAUCUCGAGCAACUGCAUGGAUGAAGCUGUAGAGCUACGGGCGACCAAAAGACGCCAGGUGUUACGGGAGUUGCUUGCUACCGAAACUGAUUAUGUCCAAGGGAUGAAAGCUCUUGCCGGGAUACUAUCCAUGUUCGACACCAGGCCUCAGAUAUACCACAACAUCCAGCGAAUUCGCGACAUUCAUGAACACUUUCUUAUCCAACUUGAAAAAGCAUCGCCCAUGUCAGCAUUGCCUAGCCGAGGUGAAGCUUCCGACUUUAUCUCCGGUAGUCUGUCGAAGCGCUUAGGCAUUCUUGAUUUGCCGGGCCUGAAGGGACUGCAGACCAGAUCCCUGAGGACUCGAAGCUUAAAGGCAUCGAUCAACCAGCACUUCAAGACUUUGGUAGCUGAGUCACUGGAGGGUCUCGAAGUUGCCCGCGAGAUUGAGAAAUUGACACUGACUUCUUCGGAAAAGUCCGCAUCAUUUCCUGCUUACGAAGAGUUUUGCUCUAACUAUGAGCUACUCGCGCAAGAUGUCGCCAUAUUACGCCGCUCUAUCCCAAACUGGUCGGCCUACGACCAGGGAAUUGAAGCGCUGUCCAAGUCGGUUGCCUCCAUGGAGAGUAAGAAACAUGAGGAGAAUAGGUCGAUGAACCUAAGUGAUUUGAUGAUCAAACCUAUUCAGCGUCUGUGCAAAUAUCCACUUCUUCUUCAAGAUCUCCUGCGACACACACCGGUCAGCGACUGUCCCUCUUCUCAUAAUGGGAUACGGCAAAUUUUGGAGAGUCUUCGGAUUCUUGUUGCUCGUAUCAACUCGGCGACUGGCAAUCCAGUCAACAAAGAUCGCAUUCAAAAGACCAUCAUUCUUCAAGAAAAGUUAUCUUUCUCUGAAUCGUUCAUGCUGCAGGAUAUAUAUAAAGAGCUCGGUCCACUGACGCUUUGUGGCGUUCUUCAUGUUACGUACCAGACACCAGAGAGUAUUGUCGGAGACUUCAUGGUAUGCGUUCUCUUCAAUUGCUAUCUCGUUUUUGUCAAAGGAGUUGAGGACUUCCGUCGCCUUGUAGUUGUUGCAUGUAUUUACUUGGGAGACUUGCGGACGGACACCCCUCAGAACGGACGAGGACUCUACUGUUACGGAUGUCCAUUCUCAUGGAAGCUUCUCUUCCAGGAUCAAGAAGACAGCCACGAAUUUGUGCUCAGUGCAUCAUCUGCGACAGAAGAGAAACACUGGAAAAUGGAGAUAUUGAAAUGUUCUGCAUCAUUGGCUGAGAUGGCCAACCCCGGGCCAGCAAUAGAUCCCAGAAAGUACUCCUUCGUGAACUUGUUGCUGCUUCCCCUCGACCGCGUUCGAUUUACAGCGACCUCUCUUACUAGAAGAUCCUCCAUGGAUUCUAUGACAGUGUCGCGCAAAGCGAAUGUUCAGCAUAUUAUCAUCAAGAAGACCCAUUAUCCGCACAUGUCCGAGGAAGCAGCGAGUCCACAAAGCGGCGGUGGAGAGUUUGAGCGGCCGAAGACACCGGUCGUGCGCGGGGCACUGACUCUGGUCGCGAGAAGGAUGGAUCGAAUCCGACUGGAGCGAAUGAUCGCGGAUGUCUACAAUCGAGAUGUGCUUCCAAUGCCGGGCAUGGUGCUUGGUCGAGGGGAUCUCUUCCGGCGGGGCUCGAUCAUGAGACGUCUGAGUCUCCACGCUGGGUUCACGAAACGAUCUAGCUCGGUCAGUAUCGGCAACUCUAGUCCUGUGGUUGCCGAUGCCCGAUCUGUUGAGGAAUAUAGCGUCGAGGAGAAGGAAAUGGUAGCGGGCCAUGAUGGGUUCACCGAUCAGCAACGAUCACCGGACCCAGAUUGCGAGUCUCCCAUGUCACCAACGACGCCAUUGGGAAGCUCAAGGACUAUUCGCUUUCGAACAUCCAUGAAGUCUGCAGGGUCUGCAUCUUCGCCGCGCAGCGAGAAGGGUUCGAGUCAGGAGAGCAACUUCGAGACUCCAUCACGAAAGAAGUGGACGUCACCAAUCUCACUCUUCAAUGUGCUUUCCCCGAAAACUCCCAAACGUUGA